AUGAUCUUGAUUCGAAGAGAUAGAACGUCUUGGAUUCCUUUCUAUAAUGAAACAUGGACAGACCCCAUAGGGAAGACAAUUCGUCCACUUCCCUGCGGGGCAGCAAGCCGCUCCGCUGGCACUCCGUGGGCCACUAGCCGUGGGGGCCUGCUUCCUCUGACGAGGAAUUGUUCUACAGCUCUAGGUCUCCUCGUAGAGGAGCUAGGCACCACGCAGUGGCUCUCCCCGAGCAGGGGCCAGCGGAGCGGCUUGCAGUCCCACAGGGAAUUGAGUAAGUACUGCCCUACGGGGUUUGUGAGCCGCUCCGCUGGCACUCCGUGGGCCACUAGCCGUGGGGGCCUUGUUCCUCUGACGAGGAAUUGUUCUACAGUUCUUUGUCUCACCUUCUAGUUUUACCUUUCUCUACUGCUACUGUCAUAUUCUGUUUAUACUCUAGUUUAUUA